GCAUUUACAUCCAUUAUGCCACAGGAUAGCGGAGAGCAGCCACAGCAAGAGCAGCAAUCUAAUGGUAUAUGGCAUUACGCCAAAAGAGCGUUACUUAUAUGGGUCGUUUCUAGAGCCGUACUCGGUCCAAAUGGUUUGAUUAGCAAAUAUACAGGAAUGGAUAAGUUAUCUCCACAGCCACAAGGCCCUAUGCCGGUAUCUACCCCAGAAGAUGCCACCAAUUCGGUGGUUCCAGUGCAGGUAACGAACUUAUGGGAGAAGGACACAGAAAUGGACUUGUUUAUUAAAUUGUCUACUUCAAAUAAUCCUUACCUCGCCUUGGAAACAGAUGAUGGUCUGCCAGAAAUACACUGGACUAAUAUCAACUACGGUGAUUGGAACCUAGACAGGACAGCGUCAUUUGAUAUAGAGUUACCAGAGAGCGUCAAAAACAAUGGCACCCUCUGGGCUGACUUCUUCCUCAGCAAGAAAGACGCACCUAUCAACCAACGCGAUCCAUCCUAUGAUCCACUUGCCGUAGCUCAUUCUCGUAAGCUUCUCACGCGUUUCCACCCAAAGAAAAAAGCGCGCAAGGAGAAGAACUUAUUGUCUGACGACUCGUCUGACGGUGAGGACGAUGAGGAGGACAAGGAAACACCAGAGUUGAUUGUCCCUUACUGGCACUCGAAUCUCACAGUCUCCAUUAUACAGGACACCGGUAUUAACAUUCCGUACACUCAAACUCAACCAGCUGCUCGUAAAUUCAUCGCUUUGGACCCGCUCAAUAGACGCAAAGAGGGUGUUAAGCCAGAGACCGGUUAUCACUAUCCUAUUAUCUAUCCUAAUGAUUUCUGGCUUCUUCGCAACCAAUUUGUAGAGCUCAACGAGACUACAGACGUAGUCCCACUCCAUAUUUCUUUAUCAUCACUCUCAUUCUUUAAAUUCAACAUAUAUGCCAACAUCCAUGCGGGUAUGGAAGAACAAGCUCAGACACAAGGUACUGGUGGUGAACUGGAUGAGUUUAAGCGUAUGCUGGUUGAAACAAAUCCUUAUUUCCUGGCACUCACUGCGCUUGUCACCCUCUUACACACCGUUUUCGAAUUCCUUGCAUUCAAGAACGACGUUAGUCACUGGAAGGGUGAAAACCACGAUAUGGUAGGAGUAUCUCUUAGAUCAAUCAUCGCAAAUGUCAUAGUACAAAUUAUUAUAUUGCUUUACUUGAUCGACAACAAUGAGAACGCCAGUUGGACAAUCAUCGGUGGACAGGCUAUUGGAUUAGUUAUUGAAGCUUGGAAAAUAACCAAGGCUAUCAAUUUCAAGAUCCUUCCUCCAGCUCCAAACUCGUGGUUGCCAUUUAAUUUCCAAUUCGAAGACAGGAAGGAAUUGUCAGAAGAUGAGAAGAAAACUAGAGAAUACGACGCACUUGCUUUCAGAUACGUUAGCUGGGUUAUGGUGCCUGUCCUUAUUGCUUACACUAUCUACUCGCUCCUUUAUGAGACUCACCGCGGAUGGUACAGUUUCGUUAUUUCUACACUCACUUCUUUCGUCUAUGCUUUCGGAUUCGUACAGCUUGUUCCUCAGCUUAUUCUCAACUACAAAUUGAAGAGUGUUGCACACAUGCCUGGACGUGCGAUGGUGUAUAAAACAUUAUCAACUGUCAUUGACGACCUUUUCUCCUUCAUUAUUAAGAUGCCUCUUCUUCAUCGCUUGAGUUGCUUCCGUGACGAUGUUGUCUUCCUUAUCUACUUAUACCAAAGAUGGAUCUACUCUGUUGAUCCAAACCGCUUGAAUGAAUAUGGUCAAGCUACAGAUGAAAAGAUUGAACAAUUUGAGAAAGAACAAGAGUCUAAGAAAGACAAAUGAUGUAAUUAUAUUGAAUUACUGUAAUUUUCUAUACUUACUGGUUAAAUGGAGCGUAAUGUAUUACUUAAAUACGAAUAAUAAAUUGCC